UUUUAGCUAAAGCAAUACAAUGUAAUUUAUUUAACAUUGGCAUCGAAAUUUGGUCAGGUUGACUGAGAUUAGGCGUUUAAGUGGACUUAAAAUUUAAAGAUCUACAUAAUUAGUUGCUUGACCGUUUAGCAACCCAAACUUGAACUUUUACCACUUUUCUUUUAUCAUCUGUUAAUCAUGUGUUUUCGACUCUUUUCAUUCUAUUGUUGUGAAAACUGAUGAAGUUCGUAUUCUUUGCCUGUUAAUCAACCAGUUAAACCUAAUUUUAAUUGUUAUUUGAAUAAUUUAUAAAAUAUUCGAUCAUGAGUACAGAUGUUAAUUGUCCGGUGUGCUUGAGUAAACCAAAUAUACCUGUUGUUUUGGGCUGUAAUCAUCUCUUUUGUUAUUUAUGUUUGAAGGGAUCAUCUAAUGCACAUAUGAAAUGCCCUAUUUGUAGAAGACCUUACCCAUCAUCCGUAUUUACUAAACCAGACUUGAAAGAAAAGAGCAUUCAACUGACAUCCAAAUCAGCAAAAUGGAGCUAUCAAGGACGAGGAGGCUACUGGUUAUUUGAUAAACUUACAAAUCGGUAUAUGGAAAAUGCCUAUCAAGACAAAAAACCGAACUGUGAAGUAGUUAUUGCUGGAAAUUCAUAUGUUAUCGAUUUUAACAAGAUGAUACAAUUUCGCAAAGAUAUACCCGGAAAGAGGCGCCAUAUCAAAAGAACGAUAGAUUUGGAUCGAAAUGAAAUCAAAGGUGUUGCUGGUGUCUCCCAGAAAUUGUUGAAAGUUAAAGUUAAAAAACAACGAUGUGAUGAUUUAGGAGAAGGAACUAGCUCGAGCUGCCAACCAAGUGAUACACAGAAUGGAAUCCAAAAUGGCGAUAAUAAUUGUUUAUCAACUGCUAUUGCAAGAUCUGACUCGGACGAAAUCGACAUUAAACCUGAUGUUUCUAGUAUUUUCCUAACCAAUGUAAAAGAAGAAAUAGUGGAUAUUAUUGAAGAGGGCUUAAAAAUCAAACAAGAACCCAAUUUAUAUGAUGAAGAUACUCAAUGAUACAAAAAACUCAUUAGAAGCUUGCAUUCUCUAUUUUGACGACGUCGCUAAGAUCAGGCAAGAUAUGUUAUAAGAUAUUUUUCUAUGUUCUAUUAAAUGCAUACCAAAUGCAUAGCUCCUCUUUGAUGCAUACCAAUAAUCUAACGUGUAAAUUAGAUUGUCCUAGAGUGCAUUUAUUGUUUAACUAUUUCGUCUUUGUUUUUUGUUUUACGAGACUGUACAAAGUUUCACAACCAAGAAACUGCCAUGUUCACUUCAUCUCGUGUUUUCAAGUACAUUAUUCAAAAAGUAUGGCUACGUGCUCUUCUAAGUCAUGAACCUUUCUCGAGUUGACGAAACACAAAUAUUUCUCAAAAGUAUUUUCAUAUUGUUUGCAUAAUCAAUCGUUUCUCUUUAUUUUGUGUAAUUACUGAUCAGCGAUAAUAAACCAAAUAUUCAUCCCAUUUA